AUGGCUCCCUCAGUGGCUGAUACCGUCCCAACUAAGAGCAAGGGCUUGGAGGCCCUGUCUCAGGGAACGACGCUACCAGGGAUCCCCGAAUUCAGCAAUCUCGAUAAGCAACGGGCCUACAUGCUCAAUCAUAUGGCAGGCGCCUUCCGAGUCUUUGCUAGACAUGGCUUCGUGGAGGGCAUGGCAGGACACAUCUCAUUGCGAGACCCCGAAUUCCCCGAUCGAUUCUGGACAAAUCCACUGGGCCUUCACUUCGGACUGAUAACCCCCUCCGACCUGAUCCUCGUCGACGAAUCAGGGACCGCCGUGGGAGGCAAUACUUCUAGACCGGCAAAUGCAGCAGGCUUCCUGAUACACAGUGCCAUUCACAAGAACAGACCUGAUGUCCACGCAGCCUGUCAUUUCCAUUCGACGUAUGGUAAAGCAUGGUCGGCUUUUGCUGAGCCGCUUGAGAUGCUAAACCAAGAUGUUGCUAUCUUCUACGGUGAUGCGCAGAGCGUGUAUGGGGAUUUUGGGGGAGUGGUACUCAAAGAAGAGGAGUCGGACGCGCUGGCGAAGAGUCUUGGGAAUGGUAAGGGGAUGAUCUUGAGAAAUCAUGGCCUGUUGACUGUUGGAGGAACCGUGGACGAAGCCGCUUAUCUUUUCCUUUUGAUGGAGAAGAGUUGUCAGGUUCAGCUUGCUGCCGACGCUGCUGUUGCUGCUGGUCGUCGAAAGGUUCUUAUUGAUGAUGAGGCUGCGCGGUUUACGUUUGAGAACACAAGUGACCCGGAGAGCCUUUUCGCUGAAUUCCAGGUGUAUCUGCAGUAUGAAUCUGCUAUAUCGCAUGAUGGAUACAAAUCUCUGUGA